GCCCUCACACGCGCACGCUCACACACCCGCCGCGCGGCCAGGCCACCGGCCAGCCUCUCUGCUCGGUCUCCCCCACUUCUCUCCUUCUCCUCCGUUUUCCUUUCACACUUUCCGAUAAACUUCCCCCCUCCUGAACCGACGCGGGACAAGCGACGCAAAAGAACCGGAUUAACGCCAGUGAAUGUCCCGCUGUCUGCCCGUCUGUCUGCCGCCGGUCCCGCCGUGAUUCACCGCCCUGCCAGCGCAACGAGCAGCGGGCCUUAACUUUCCGUCACCUCCCUUCACACUUUCACUCCCUCCGCCGCCGCCGCAAGUCACCGGGCAGCGACGUCAGUCCCGGGGAAAAGUUAGGACAGAGCCGCCGCUGUCGCCGCUUCACCGGAGGAGUCGAGACGAGCCCAGACCGGGAUCGGAAGUGACACCAGAACCGGCCUGUGUGAUCUUUCGGUUGUUGUUCUCGUGUGAACGGGGAGAUGGGGACGGUGUGAACGGGUCAGCGCGUGGUCUUCACGAGAUUCGGUUUCCUCCGGUAGAGGUGGAGUGGGCGGAGCUGAAUCAUGGCGGGUGCAUCGGUGAAGGUGGCGGUGCGAGUCCGUCCGUUCAACUCCCGCGAGACGGGACGCAACGCCAAGUGUGUGAUCCAGAUGCAGGGAAACACCACGUGCAUUUCAAACCCCAAACUGGGCAAAGAUGGAGCCAAGAAUUUUACCUUUGACUAUUCCUACUGGUCACACACAACGACUGAUGACCCCAGCUUCGCGUCUCAGCGGCAGGUCUACAAAGACAUCGGGGAGGAGAUGCUGCUGCACGCCUUCGAAGGUUACAAUGUGUGCAUUUUUGCGUAUGGACAGACCGGUGCAGGGAAGAGUUACACCAUGAUGGGGAAACAAGAACCGGGGCAGGAAGGCAUCAUUCCACAGUUGUGUGAGGACCUGUUUCAGAGGACAGGAGAAAACUCUGACCCCGACCUGAACUACUCUGUGGAGGUGUCCUACAUGGAGAUCUACUGUGAGCGGGUCAGGGACCUGCUCAACCCAAAGUCUCAAGGGACUCUGAGGGUUCGAGAGCAUCCCAUCCUGGGGCCAUACGUGGAGGACCUGUCCAAACUGGCUGUGACCGGAUUCACCGACAUCCGGGACCUGAUGGACGCCGGCAACAAAGCUCGGACGGUCGCGGCCACAAACAUGAACGAGACAUCGUCCAGGUCGCACGCCGUCUUCACCAUCGUCUUCACCCAAAAACGGCGGGACCAGAUGACCGGCCUGGACACAGAGAAGGUCAGUAAGAUCAGUCUGGUGGACCUGGCAGGAAGUGAGCGAGCCGACUCCUCGGGGGCAAAGGGCACCAGGCUCAAGGAAGGAGCAAACAUCAACAAAUCUCUGACCACGCUGGGGAAAGUGAUAUCAGCUUUAGCAGAAAUGCAGAGUAGUAAGAAGAGAAAAAGUGACUUUAUCCCCUACAGAGACUCUGUACUUACCUGGCUACUGAAGGAAAACCUGGGAGGAAACUCUCGUACGGCCAUGAUCGCCGCUCUCAGUCCUGCUGACAUCAACUAUGAAGAAACACUGAGCACCCUCAGGUAUGCUGACCGUGCCAAACAGAUCCGCUGUAACGCUGUGAUCAAUGAAGAUCCCAACGCCAAACUGAUCAGAGAGCUGAAGGACGAAGUGGAACGACUGAGGAACCUGCUCUUCUCACAGGGUCUGCAGGAGCUGCUGGAUAAUGCUGUCAACAACAACAACAAUGGUCCUGGCGGCAUUAUGGGCGUGGCCUCCUCUCCUCUGCAGCUGGCUCUCACAGCCAAUGGGAUUACAGAGAACAAUGGCCCCGCCCCUUCAGAUGUGGGGGAGCCGACAUCCUCAGAGGACACACCUGCCGACCCCGAUCACCCGAUCGAGAACGGGGAGGAGGCUGUCAGCGAGGAAACCAUCAGCAAAGAGGAAGCAGCCGAGCGACUGCUGGAGACGGAGAAGAUCAUCGCUGAACUCAACGAAACUUGGGAAGAGAAACUCAGAAAGACUGAAUCUAUUCGCCUGGAGAGAGAGUCCCUGCUGGCAGAAAUGGGCGUGUCCAUUUCAUCCAAAGAAGACGGAGGAACGCUGGGCGUCUUCUCUCCUAAAGGAACACCUCACCUGGUCAACUUGAAUGAAGACCCUCUGAUGUCAGAGUGUCUACUGUACUACAUAAAAGAAGGCGUCACCAGGGUUGGACAGCAGGACGUGGACAUUAAACUGUCUGGACAAUUUAUAAAAGAGAUUCACUGUGUUUUUGUCAGUGAGAUCAAUGAUCAGGGAGAAGUGGACGUCAUCCUGGAGCCGUUAGUCGGAGCGGAGACGUACGUCAACGGGAAGCAGAUCACCGACUCCACCGUCCUGAAACAAGGUCACCGCAUCGUCAUGGGGAAGAACCACGUGUUCCGCUUCAACCACCCGGAGCAGGCGAGGCUGGAGAGGGAGCGCAGUGUCACGGCGGAGCAGCAGGGGGAGCCGGAGGACUGGAACUACGCUCAGAAGGAGCUGCUGGAGAAGCAAGGGAUCGACAUCAAGCUGGAGAUGGAGAAAAGACUACAGGACAUGGAGACUCAGUACCGUAAAGAGAAGGAGGAGGCUGAUCUGCUGCUGGAGCAACACAGACUGUACGCAGACAGCGACAGCGGUGAUGACUCAGACAAACGCUCGUGUGAAGAGAGCUGGAGACUGAUUUCCUCCCUCAGAGAGAAACUGCCUGCCAACAAGGUCCAGACCAUAGUGAAGCGCUGUGGUCUGCCCAGCAGUGGGAAGAGGAGGGAGCCGCUCAGAGUUUAUCAGAUUCCUCAGAGGAGGAGGAUCAGCAAAGACCCCAAACGUGUCACCAUGGACGACCUCCGCAUGCAAGCUGUCAAAGAGAUCUGCUACGAGGUGGCGCUGGGAGAUUUCCGUCACUCGCGCCAGGAGAUCGAGGCGCUGUCCAUCGUCAAGAUGAAGGAGCUGUGUCGCAUGUACGUCAAGAAGGACGCCAGUGAGCGCGAGAGCUGGCGGGCAGUUGCCCAGGACGUCUGCGACACGGUGGGCAUCGGAGAGGAGAGGAGCCCCCCCGCGGAGGAAGGCGGGGGAGGAGGAGGAGAGACGGGGGAGGGAGCACCGAAGGGAAAAGUGUACGACCUGAAGGCUCACAUCGACAAACUGACCGACAUCCUGGAGGAGGUGAAGCUGCAGAACAACAUGAAGGACGAGGAGAUCAAAGCUCUGAGGGACAGGAUGAUCAAGAUGGAGAGCAUCAUACCUGUGCAGGACGACGAAGUGAACGGCGAAGAAGGCGGGUCUCCUCCUCCUCAGAGGGACGGUGGGGGGGACGGAGACUGCGAGGGUGACGUGGUCCCGGACGGCAGAGUGGAGCGGCUGAUGAACGAGGACCCGGCGUUCAGGAGAGGACGCCUCCGGUGGCUGAAGCAGGAACAGCAGCGGAUCCUGAACCUGCAGCAGCAGAACAUCACCAAGAAGCUGCGAGGACAGAACCAGACCCCGGGUCAGAACCUGCCCGUUGUUCCUGUGCAUCUACCAGGGACCGGGCGAUUCAUCCCUCCACAGGAGCGCAAGCUCAAAUUCCCCUUCAAGAGUAACCCCGCCCACCGGUUGUCAUGGGGACCAGCCAGCGCCGCUCUGGAGGCUCUGGGUCUCGGGGAAGGGGGAGGAACCGAGGGUGGAGAGCAGAGGGAGGAGGGUGGAGGAGAAGGUAAAGGCUCCUCCUCGCCUCCACCUCUUCAGAGUCAUCAGUCUCCUGCUCUUUUGCCCCUCCCCUUUCAGGCCCCACCCCCUCGCAUGCGCUCCCCCAGCCCUCAUCGCGCCUGGCAACAGCGUAACCAAGGGAACUUCCACUACCAGCACCAGGGCAACAACCAAAACCAACAGCGCCGCUACCGCCGCAACUCUCUGGACAGCUCCGCCCACAACUUCAGUCAUUACGACAACGGCCAGCAGCAUGGCGGGGGUGGCGGUCACCAGGGGCGACCACGACAGAGGAGGGGUGUGUCACCCGGGCCAGGUGGGGAGCGAGGGGGAGGAGACGGAGGCUUCCAUUAUAACCAACACCCACCCCAGCAGUAUCACCACCCCCACCCCUACUACAACCCCCACAAUGCACCAUUCCAGCCAGGGCCGCACCCCAACUACCACAGCCUGCCACGGCCCGGGGCUCCGCCCCCUCCCACUGACAUGCUGCUCAUGGCGGGGCCGCCGCUGCCGCCGGGUGGGUGGGGCUUCACAACCCCGCCCAGGAUGAGACGGCAGUUCAGCGCGCCGGACCUGAAGAACAAGGAGACGCCCAUCUGACCUCUGAACUCUUGAUACGGAGGUUUUCUGAUGUGGCUGCGGGACAGAGGGGGGAGGGGCCCUGAUGCUGUAGUGACGUGUGUGUGUGUGUUGUCAUCACACACACACACACCCUGUAUCUUCAAUCCUGCUGUGUGUGUGUGUAUGCGUGUGUGUGUGUGUGUUUGUGUCUUCCUCCUAGCUUUUACGCUAGCGUGGGUUACCUGUUGCCAUGACAACACUUUAUUUUGCCGACCUUUUAAUUCAAGAUGGAAGUUUAUCAUAUAAUGAGUUGUUUUUGUUGUUUUUUAAAAAAUUGAUCAGUCAUUGAUACCAAGUGUCGGAUGCGUGUUAGCCGGGGAGGCUAGUUUGUGUUAGUGUUUUUUUGAAGGAUGAAGUGGGUGUGGCAUGGUGCGUGUACUUUAUAUGAGCGUCAGCUUUUAGGUCCUCUGUUUCAGCCGUCGUUAGCCUCGAGGGGCUAACUAUUCUGGUUUAGCCUGACAGGUCUGUGUUAGCUUGGGCUAGCUACUUAGCUUGAGCAGGGAGAAAAAUGGUUCAAAAUGGUUGCCGUUUAUUAGGUGUUUUUUUAGGCGUAGUAGGUGACGUGUUGAAGUGUAAAAAGAAUCUGUAGUUUAGCUUAGCCUAGCUUAGCUUAGCUAAGGCAGCAUUCAGGUUACAUGGGGAGUCACUUUGACCAUGAACUCAUUAGUUUUACUUGCGUCAUUUUAAGUCAUGUUUGUCAGGAAUGCAGAAGAAUUUGGAUGAUCCCAAGUUGCACCACCAGGGGGAGUUAAAGUGCGAUUUAAUAAAACGCUAAUGAAGUUUCACCAACUGACUCAACCCGGGGCUUUGAUUCUGGGUGUGAGUCGUGGUUUUAAAGGAAUAUUAUGAAAAUGCUCAAACAGGAGACUGCGUUAAAAUAACAACAUUUUUUUUUUUUUAGCAGAGAGCCGAAAUCACGCGUGGUUUGCACCUGGCGACGCCAAUCCUGCGUUAGCGCACGUUGUCCUCGCGAUUACCUCAAAAGUGAAUCCCACAAAAAAAACGUGCACUUUACGUCCUUCGCCUCUGACGCUGUAUACGCUCGCGUGACUUGACGUUGUGAAAAGUAUUCGACGUUAACGCGACUUUCAGACGCCUCUUUGUUCAGAGUUGAAGAGGACAUUUUUUAAUAAACAUUAAAAAAUCCCAUGUGACCUGAACGCUGCGCCGCGGAGAGCUGCAAACCAAAGAAAAGCCGCUGUGCGGCGCCUCCUGCUGGAGCGCCGACAGACGCACUGCUGUACAGACAGAACGUGAUGAAGGAAGAGGCGGAGCUGUGGUUGUAAAUGUGUUGAAGCGCCGUGUCGUGUGUGUAUAUUUGAAGUCUUGUUUUCAUGAAGAUGAAUCUACUUUUUAACGGUGAGUUCACCGUCUCGGGCAAUCGUGGCGGGGAAGACGCAGCAAGUGAUACCCGACAUCAGUGGAGAUGUACUAAUCAUGGUGGGUCGUAGUUUACGUAGGGAUGUGUGAGCAAGGGACUCUGGGAAAUGUAGUCGGAGAGCGGUGGGGCGGAUGAGAGAAUGGUGAGAAGCACGAGAAGAGACUUUGUUUUGUUGUAAAUGACGAGAGACGCGAGGACCUGACACCACUUUAGAUUUGAUUUGUCCAAAAGCGGAAGGGACGGCGGCGAGAAGACGCUGCCUUCAUGAGACGCUGGGAAGAUGGGAAAUGUGGCGUGGGCAGCACCCAUAAACCGCUCGCUCUGCUACACCAAACCCCACGGAGAAAACUGCUGGGUUUAACGUCUCAGCACGCAGGAGUCGUCGCUCCGCUGCUGCGUCCGUCGUUGAGCUUGUACGUGUUAUUUUGUCACUUCAGAUUUACCUCAACGUCAUAAACUCACCACACGAGGCAGCAGUAGACCAGCGGCUCCUGUGACCCGCAAGCUUAAAUCGCUGAUUUUCUCUAUGGGGUUUGGUGUGGGAAAACAAGUGGUUUCACAAAUUUCGGUUUCUUGCUGGAAUAGUGACGUAAAGACACGAUAAAACGUGAUCUGAAGAGAAACAUCGCAAACUUAAACUUCUUUAACGUUCCCAAAACAACGAUGUGUUUGCUGUUGGGAGGAGCUGGGAGUUUGUGGCACUGCACUGCCUGAAACCCCGCCCCCUCCCCCCCAGAAACAGAGCAAGGCAUUGUGGGAAUCAGAACCAACCACUGGGAGCGCUCUCUCCCUGACAG